GCUCCCUGUGCCUGUGCCUGUCCAAACCCCGAAGGCGAAGGCCUGCCUGAACCCCGAGCCGAGCGCCAUAUCUGUCGACCACGUCCGUCCCCGUCCCGACUCAGCCCGUCAGCCGUCCCCGACGCGACGGCGACGGCGACGCGUCGCUCUCGCUCGCCUCUCGAUUCCCACGCCACCCAGGAACACGCAUACGGAGUACUAUUACAACCGUCUCCGGUUCCUCCUCCGCCACCUCGGGCAGCUCUCGACCUCCUCACCUCCCCCCCCACACAUCGUCCCCACGCAACGCAACCGCAACGCCAGGUACAGGGACCGGAGGGGACUCCAGCCGAGCCGAGCCGACCACGGAAGCAAUGGCGCGGCAGGAGCAGGAGCAGGACACAAUGGGCGCCGCCCACGUCCGUCACCAGCCGCCGCCGCCGCCGCCGGCCGGGGGAUGCGGCCUCGCCGCCAACCCCGUCGCCGCCGAGUACGCUCACGAACAGGGCUACAGUGUUGUCCUCCCUGAGAAGCUGCAAACUGGAAAAUGGAAUGUGUACAGAUCUGCACACUCGCCUCUAAGAUUAAUAAAUAAAUUCCCUGAUAAUCCGGAGAUUGGAACGUUGCAUGAUAAUUUUGUAUAUGCAGUCGAAACUUUCCGAGAUUGUAGAUAUUUGGGUACAAGAAUCUCCCCAGAUGGAACAGUUGGAGACUACAAGUGGAUGACAUAUGGAGAAGCUAGCACGAGCAGAACUGCAAUAGGUUCUGGUCUUAUAUUUCACGGAAUACCUGAAGGUGCACGAAUUGGUCUAUAUUUUAUAAACAGACCGGAGUGGAUCAUACUUGACCAUGCUUGUGCGGCAUACUCAUAUGUAUCUGUGCCACUUUAUGAUACUCUCGGUCCAGAUGCAGUUCAGUUUAUAGUGAACCAUGCAACAGUAGAAGUUAUAUUCUGUGUGCCGCAAACUCUAAGUGCUAUUUUAAGCUUUAUAACUCAAAUGCCGUGUGUUCGUCUUAUUGUGGUGGUUGGUGGAGAUGAUUCAAAUAUGCCAACUGUACCAGCAACUGCUGAAUGCAAAAUUAUGACAUACAACAGACUACACAAUGAGGGAAGGAUGAGUCCUCAAACUUUUCGUCCUCCAAAACCUGAAGAUAUAGCUACUAUCUGCUACACCAGUGGCACUACUGGCACACCAAAGGGAGCUGUACUUUCUCAUGAGAACUUAAUUGCCAAUGUAGCAGGGUCAAGUUUAGGCGUUAAGUUUUACCCCUCUGACGUGUACAUCUCAUAUCUACCUUUGGCUCACAUCUAUGAGAGGGCUAACCAGGUUGCAUUGCUUCACUAUGGUGUUUCCAUUGGAUUCUACCAAGGGGAUAACUUAAAGCUGAUGGAUGAUUUGGCUGCUUUGAGGCCAACAAUAUUUGCAAGUGUUCCCCGUUUAUAUAACAGAAUUUAUGCUGCAAUUACAAAUGCUGUGAAGGAGUCUGGGGGAUUGAGAGAAAGGUUGUACCAUACUGCAUACAAUGCCAAGCGACAUGCUAUGAUAAACGGUACAAACCCAUCACCUAUGUGGGACAAGUUGGUAUUUAACAAAAUUAAAGCUAGACUUGGCGGACGAAUGAGACUUAUGACUUCAGGCGCUUCUCCAUUGUCACCUGAUGUCAUGGAAUUUCUAAGAAUAUGCUUCGGUGAAGUUCUUGAAGGGUAUGGAAUGACAGAGACAUCUUGUGUCAUCAGUACAAUGAAUAUUGGUGACAGAUCAAUUGGACAUGUUGGAUCUCCAAAUCCUUCUUGUGAGGUUAAACUUGUGGACGUCCCAGAAAUGAAUUAUACUUCAGAGGAUCAACCAUAUCCUCGUGGAGAAAUUUGUGUUAGGGGGCCUAUAAUAUUCUGCGGUUACUAUAAAGAUGAAGUCCAAACAAGAGAGGUCAUUGAUGAGGAUGGUUGGUUACAUACUGGAGACAUAGGUUUGUGGCUUCCUGGAGGGCGUCUGAAAAUUAUAGAUAGGAAAAAGAACAUUUUCAAGUUAGCUCAAGGAGAAUACAUAGCUCCAGAGAAGAUUGAGAAUGUCUAUGCUAAGUGCAAGUUCAUUGCUCAAUGCUUUAUAUAUGGUGAUAGUUUCAACUCUUUCCUAGUUGCCAUUGUAGCAGUCGAACCGGAGGUGUUGAAGGCUUGGGCUGCAUCAGAAGGAAUUGAGUACGAGGACUUGAGACAGCUCUGUGCUGAUCCUAGAGCAAGAGCUGCUGUUCUGACUGAUAUGGAUUCCAUUGGGAAGGAAGCACAGCUAAGAGGUUUCGAAUUUGCUAAAGCGGUUGCUCUUGUUGCUGAACCAUUCACAUUGGAUAAUGGUCUCCUGACACCAACAUUCAAGGUUAAGAGACAGCAAGCUAAAGCAUAUUUUGCGAAAGAAAUCUCAGAUAUGUAUGCACAGUUGCGUGAGACAGAGGUAGCUAGGUCGAAGUUGUAAUUUACAUGUGCGAUAUCAGGAGAAAGGUCAUCAAUACAGCCAUACAGGAGAUUGGAUUCUGCAAUUGUUUAUUACAGCUCACGAAAUAAGUAAAAUCUUUUUACUGACACGGGAAACAACGGAUCAUGCCAUGCUCUGGAAUCGAUGAUUUUUUUCACCAGACAGAGGCUGUGCUUGGCGCAUACUGAAUAUAUGGUUCCAGUUAUAAAGAAAUAUUUUUACAAAGUACAUGUUGGGUCUGAACAGGUGCCCUAGAAGGUGUUAGUUAACAGAAAAUAUUGUGUACAAGUCUUCCUAAAAAAAUAUUGUGUACAAGUA